UCAGAAUGACGAAUGACAGCAACUGAGGAUGUCAAUUAAUUGUCAACGUCACUGUUUCCAUGUUUCAAUUUUCUAAAAUUUCUUUUAGGUUAACGCCAAAUAACAUACGUACGUGUGUUUUAUAGAUAAAAAAAGCUGCAAGUGAAUUUAAAUAGAAAUCAAACACAAUGCCAGUCGCCGAAGAGGUGAAAUCAAGUUGGGCAGAUGAGGUGGAAAUGGAGGGUGGCUCACUGCCACCUUCAACAGAAGUUUUUGAAAACGGCCUCAAAAUCGUUACAGAAUACAAGUAUAAUGAGGACGAGAAGAAAGUUAAGAUUGUAAGGACGUACAAAAUCGAAAAACGUAUUGUAUCAAAAUCUAUUGCUUUAAGAAAAACUUGGAAAAAAUUCGGAGAGGCUUCUAAUGACAAACCAGGCCCAAAUCCUGCUACAACUAUCGUGGCUGAGGAUGUUUAUAUGCAGUACAUCACAAGCAAAGAAGAGGAUAAUAAACAAGAGGAUGAAGGAAUAGAUAAACUGAAAGCUAUGGGAGAUAAAAAUGUUGUUAAAUGUCGUACUUGUAAUGGUGACCAUUGGACCUCAAAAUGUCCCUGGAAAGAUACCAUUUUGGUUGGAGGAAAAGCACCAGAUGAAAAGAAAUUAUCAGCAGUUACUAAUCCUGGUGGAGCUGGUGAAGCUGGUAAACAAGGGGGCUCGAAGUAUGUUCCUCCCAGCAUGAGAGAAGGUGCUGCAAAGAGUGGCUCUAAUAUGGCCAAGAGAGAUGACAGUUACUCAGCCAUUAGGAUUGCAAAUCUCAGCGACUCUACCACAGAAACGGACUUGGAAGAUUUGGUAAAGCAAUUUGGACCACUUCAAAAGCUUUAUUUGGCCAAGGACAAACAGACAGGCCUGUGCAAAGGUUUUGCUUACAUUCAUUUCAAGUUCCGAAAUGACGCGGCUCAUGCUAUUUCAAAGCUGGAUGGACAUGGUUAUGAUCAUCUUAUUCUCAGUGCCGAUUGGUCCAAGCCCAUGGUAAAUUCUACCCAAUAAUUUCAUGUCCAUUUAUAUUUGUAAGAUAUAAUAUCGUUAAUAAAAUGAUACUACUGU